ACAAUCCCCACUUCCUUGCCGAAGGACAACAGAGAUAGUCGGCAGACACAUACAAUUUUUUUUGCAUUUUAAUUUCGGUUUAAAAUUGCAUUAUUCCCAAACUUGCAACGCCUCAUUGAGUGCACAGCGCGAACCGUUAUUGUUUUAAAGAUGCUGUGGUGGCGCCACAUUAAAUAGAUGCAGAUGCCGCUGCAACAGCAAAUUGCCAUAGCCGAAAAAUGAACAAUUUGGAGCACGUUAAACAUUUCUAUCCCGACAACUACAAAUUGGAUCUGUCCGAGACAAUGAAGGCGGCGCUGUCAAAGGGACCCGUUAACGGGGGCGUUGGAGUGGGCGUGGUCAAUGCCGUCGUCGGCAGCGGCAACAGCAGCAGCAGCAAUCUGUCCAAUUCGAUGGGAGCUCCACAACACAGUGAUAUGCUGCAACAACAGCAGCCACAACAAUCCAACGCUGGCGUUGGCUAUGUGACCGAGAAGCUCUACAUGCUGCUGCAGCUGUACUUGCAGAACAAAGGCUGGAAUCCCAGCGCUGAGCUGCUGCAAUGCUUCAGCGAUCUUAAGGAUAAUGCAAUGUUGCCAAGUGCAGCAUAUUUACAGGUGCUUGCCAAUCGCUUGACUUUGGACUCACAGGGUAGAUUAAUUCUGCGUGACAAUGGCAAGAUUGUUUUACCCUUUGAGCACUUUGCCAAUGCCGUCAUGCUGAAGCACAUGUCUGGCCCACAUGGACUCCACUUAAGCGUGGAUGCCACGGUGCGAGCAGUGAUCGAAUCCUAUACUAUUGGACGCGAUCAAUUUGGCAUGGAGAAGGAGUUCAUCAUAGAGGUUGUGCAAUCGUGUCCAAGUCCAGCGUGUCGUUAUUACAAGAAUCACAUGGGCAUCUCGCCCAUGCCCUUUAUGGAGCAGCAAUAUCCUGGCGUCAAUACGCCCGACUUCUUGCAACGGCUCUCGCAUUUGCCUCCCAGUGCAGCAGCUGGAAGUGCUGCUGCAGCUGCUGCUGUGGGCGCUGCAGCCGGUGGCAAUGCGGGAGGCAGCGGAGUCUCUAGUUCGAGCAAUAGCGCAGCCGCUGUUGAAAUUGAUCUGUCGAAAUCGAGUGGCACCAAAGUGCCGCCACAAUUGCAGCACUUGAGUAAGCAGCAACAGAGCAGCAUUCAAUCGCAGCUAUCGCAAAUAAGUGCAGCUGCAGCAGCAGCACAUCAUCAACAGCAGCAGCAGCAACAACAGCAGCAGCAACAACAGCAGCAGCAGCAACAACAGCAGCAACAACAACAGCAGCAGCAAGCUCAGGCUCAAGCCAAACAUCAACAACAACUAACGGCCGCAUUGAUACAACAACAAAAUCGGGUACUCGCCCAGCAGAGUCUGGAAAAGCUCAAUAAUCUGAGUGCCCUUGAGAAGCAGCGUGUGUUUGCUCAGCUGGAUCCCAAGCAUUUUGAUCCCAUGGCCGUGGCGGCCGCAGCAGCCAACUUGCAGAUCCAAGGCAUGAUGCAGUCACAAGCGGUGGCUGCAGCUGUGGCCGCCAAUCAACAACAACAGCAGCAACCAACGCCUUUGGCUGCCAAUGCGCCCUCGACAGCGGUUAGUGCCAAUGCACAGGUUCAUCAUGGUCAUCACUCGUUGCCGCCGCCCUCACAGUCGCCACACUCUUCAUCAUCAACGUCCUCGCACUCCUCAAUGGAUCAACUCACGCACAAAAACAUCACAGAGUCGUUACGCUCCAAUCUGGAUUCGAUUGAAUCGAAUAAGGAUCUGUUGGCGCUGCACAAUGGCGCCUGGGCCAGUCACGAUGCCAAUCGUUUGGAUCACAUGGGCGUCGGUCAGGACAAGAUUGUGCGUAUCUUUUCGGAGCUAAUGCGCAACAUGUCGCGCAUGAAGACCUACAUAAGACCAUCGAUGUGUAAGCCCUACGGCAAGCAGAGUGAAAGUCUGCAGAAGACUCUCAUGGACACCAUACAAAUAGUGCAGACACUGCGUAAUUGCUUGCCAGCACCGCAUAUUCCUGUGUCGUCCUGGAAGAGUGAAAGCGAGGGAACUGUUGGUGUCGGUGUCGUCGGUGUGGGUGGCGUUGGCGUUCCACCUGGCAUGGCAUUAAAUGCGCUCGGUUUGCAGUCGGGUCGCGUGGACAAUUUGCACUAAUUAAGAGCAGCUCAAAUUGUAUCACAUGGAUGUUGCUUUGGGUAAUGUUUGAACAACAUAAUCAAUAUCCUACGAUUCCGGAACAUCAAUACAGUAUUUAACAUAGAAUAGAGUGUGUAUCAUCUUCAUAGGCUUGGCUCAUGGUUUUUCAUUAACUAAUUAUGUGCCAUGUUCAACACAAGACUUGAUUUCAUUUCAAUAUUUGACUGAUUUUUACAAAUCAAUGACAUUAGCUGCAAGUUGUGCUUCAGUGAAUCAAGCAAAGUUGAAGAAUAGCCUUGUUUUUUGAGCGCUUAUUACAGCUGGUGUCAUUGAGCGAUUAGAUUUAUUCGCUUAAACCCGGCUAGAAUCUAAGAUUAAGCUACAGUCCCCAACUUCCAAUCCUAUCGAAGCGCAGUUAUAAGCAAUUUCAUUAUUCUAUUUUAUUUGAUUUUUUUGUGAUUGUGAUUUCAUUUUUGAUUUUGGCAUAUACAAAAUUAACCAAACGCAUAUAAAUUCAAUUGGCAAAAAGUCUGUGAUAUUUAAAUUAUGUUUAAAUAAUAUCGAAAUUUAAUUAAUUUAUACUUAUACUCAUUAUGUGUGCCCUUUGUUGUGUAAACUGCAAUUUACUUUGUGCAAUAUUACAAAGUGUCUAACUAACUCUUAACCACUUUUGUGCAAUUCGAAAACUUUUCACUCAUAUCAAACCGCAUAGAUUAUAAACUAUAUUACAUAUUAAGCAUAUUUCGCAUACAACACAAUUUAAUUAAGAUAUUGUGCUACAUUAUUAUGUCAUGGGUUGUCGUAGAUCGUCAUUUUAAUUAAAUUUGACGAACAAUGCUGAGUGGAGUUGUACUAAUUUAUAAGCAGCAAAUGGGUUGUAAUUCGACUAUGCAUACUUACAAUACACAAAACACAUUUCGUACGCAUAAGCUUAUAUUAUAUUUUAUUCCAUGCUCAUACAUUGAAAUAACCGAUUCUUAGAAAGCAUACAGUAUUAAUCAGAAAUAAAGACACAUACAAACCAUAAAUAUUUCUGUAGCUCAAUGUAUAAUUUAAAAAAAAAGAAUAUCAUAUUGCAUAAUAUCGCUUAAUGUUCCCCUUUCCAAUUCGGUCAAA